AUGAAAGCUGUUUCAAGAAUAAACGUUUAUUCUCCUAUGUUAAAACAAGUAAAAUAUCUAUGUUCUGGAAAUACUAGUACACUACCAACAGUUAGUAAGGCUGAUGCUGUAAAAAAAUCUGUAGCUGAAAUUGUUGGAGAUGAAAAAAAAAGAGUUCAGGCUGUAAGUGUAUUGGAUACAACAUUAGAAGUUGCAACUAUGGCAGGAGUUCCUGAUGAACAUAAAGAGGGAAGAACAGCAAGAAUUUUUAAGCCAGCUCGUGAAGCAACUCAAACAGCAUGGGGAAAUACAAAAGUUUGGAAAAUAGAAUUAGAUAAUCGUGAAAGAUGGGAAAAUCCUUUAAUGGGAUGGUCAGGAACAGCUGAUCCAUUGUCAAAUAUUUCAAUGAAUCUUGACUUUGCUACAGCAGAAGAUGCUAUAGCUUUUUGUCAAAAAAAUUAUUGGAACUAUGAAGUAGAAGAACCUCAAGAACGUAAAAUAGUUCCUAAAAAUUAUGGUCAAAAUUUUGCUUGGAAUAGGCGCACACGUGCUAUGUCUCAUUCAGAUAACACAACGCCAGUUACAUCUUCAACCACUACUAAUAAUACAGCAGGUCCUUCUACAAAUGUAAAUAUUCCACCUGUCGAAGAGGAUCAUGCAAUCACAGAAGAAAUGACAAUCAAACAAAUGUUAGAAGAGAAUGCUCAUUUAAUAGAGAAUUUAUUGCAGUAUCAAGCAAAUCCUAUGGAAACAAAUACAAUACCAUCAAUGGAUUCAAGUUUAAAACAAUUGUAUAAAAAUAUAAUAUUUGUAUCCAGAUAUGCAGAUCAAAUUACACAAGAAGAAGCUAGUGGUUUACAGGAAUACAAGGAAAAUGAUAGCGUGAAACUAUGA